AUGGCGGCUGGACCGCGCGCCGAGGCAAGGUCUCUGGCCGAUAUCAACUACAUCGCUGCAAAUCCUCCGCAAUAUCCCCACCAUCCCGAAGUCAAAGAAUCCCUCACGCUGUACAUCUCCAGAGUCCCCGGUACACAAGAUGUGGUACUCUCUACCAUGAGGCCGCAUAGGAAAAAUGUGACAGGUGAAGACAUAGCGAAUUCUCUCUAUUACAUCCACAUGGAGCGACCAGAGGAUAUGCCACCACCCAUGCCACCACGACCAAAGAGUAAUGUGUUGAGUUCCACGAGGUCCAGUGGGGAGAGUGCUAGGAGCACGAUUCCGAGGAAGCCGUUGCCUACAUCCGCGAGAGUUCUGAGGCCGGAAAGCUUGUCGUCAACGGGGGAACCAGGUCCAGUUCCAGUGCUCUCACCAACCCCAACUCCCCAUAUCCCUCAAGAUCCGAGUUCUGGAUCCCAGGUCAAUGUAGGACAGGUGUCGUCUUUUGCCACCAAUAUUCCCCCACCGUCGCAGGCAGACCCGAGCCUCAACCCAGAGGACAUGGGGUCCGGGUGGAAGUCUCAAAAGCUUGAUAUUCGCAUUGAUACUUCGGGAUAUGCAAAGUACAGAGGGAUGCCCAGCCGGGCUGCUGCCGAAAUCCAGGCUCUCCAGGCACUCACCUCAACGGGCCAGCCGCAUUCGUUCUCACAAAUGGUGCAGAGUGGACAAAGAGCGCGCAGUGACAGUGGUGCGCGAGGGAUGGCUCCUCCCCCCCAGGACGGAUUUCACAGACAGGUUGUCAUGGCUUAUGGAGCUGGUUGGAAAGCGGGCUUUAAAAAGGCGUUUCACCGACGAGAAAGGCGGGAGAGCAUUAGCCCAGAGGGCGUGCAGUCGUCCGAAGAGCCCAGCGCACCCAAGGCAUCCCAUACCAGGCAGGGUAGCUCCUCCACGAUUGGAUCCAAUCACUCUGGGUCGGGUGAGGAGCAGGGCGGAAUCAUCACUCACCCUGGACCAGGGUUGCGGCCCAAAGGAUACACCUUUCUGUCACCGUGGGAAGGGCGCUGUGAGUUUCGCACCAGCACCAGCGGGCGCUCCCUCAAGCUCCGCCAUGUGCUCGACUCUACCACCAAGUUCCAGUUCGAUCCUCGGGAGGUGGCGCAGAGCAUCCAAAAUGCACAGGCUAUGGGCCGAUCGAGGGGCGAUGAGCUCCAGGCUGCCCUUCUGGGCACGAAACCGGUUAGUGAGUUGAGGUUCAACCUGCCCAGCGGCGGCGACUUCUUUGGGGCUCGUCGAAAUGAUGCCGACAAGGACAACCGGGCAAGCCGACUGUCGGAACAGUUUAGCAGUCUCCUGCACCAUCGAAAUACAAGGAGCAGCGACGAGGAUGAAUGGAGUGAUGAGGAUGAGAUGGAUCUUAGCCUUGGCAAAGAGAACGCUGGAGGUGGGAGCAGUGGAAAGAAGGUCAAGCUUGGGAAGCUGAUUAUUCAUGAUGAAGGGCUCAAGAUGCUGGAUCUGGUGGUGGCAGCCAACAUGGGGGUGUGGUGGACAACGUGGGGCAAGAUUGAUCAAUAA